UAAAGCGUAAGUGAUAGUCCACUGAGCUGUUGUACGGAUCUGUUAGUAAUAAGACUUUUAAAUCUGCCAUCAUCCGAUUUGUAGAUUGCGUUUAACCUAUACUUUUUGAUUCGAUUAAUAUCAGCAUAUACUCUUUAGUGGAUAUAAUACGAGAUUUAGCGACAGAACGCUCCUAGAGAGUAAAGAGAUCUGCAUUUGUUCGUACCCCGGAAUCGCUGCUGCCGUUCAUCCUAGCUAACGUUAGCUAGCAUUAGCAGCGCAGACCGGGGCCCAGGUCAGUGGUGAGCGGUGAUUUAGGUUUUUUUUUACUGUAACAUUUUGACACAUUUCGUUAGAAUGGCUUGUGGGGCUACUCUGAAAAGGACUAUGGAUUUUGAUCCACUCAUGAACUCUACUUCACCCAAACGAAGGAGGUGCGCUCCGAUCAUGUCUCCGGUGUCUUCGCCACAGAAAUAUCUGCGUAUGGAACCGUCACCUUUCGGGGAAGUGUCAUCCAGACUCACCACAGAGCAAAUAUUACACAACAUUAAACAGGAGUACAAGCGGCUGCAGAAAAGACGACACCUGGACAGUACUUUUCAGCAGGCAGAUGGCUGCUGUCCUGUGGACCUGCAGAGCAUCCACAGUGGAGCUGCCAUUUCAGGUGCAUCAUCUCCCACUAGGAAAGAGCAGCCGUUAUUUUCCCUCAGACAGGUUGGGAUGAUCUGUGAAAGACUACUGAAGGAGCGAGAGGAUAAAAUUCGUGAAGAGUACGACGAGAUCCUGACGACAAAGCUUGCAGAGCAAUAUGACGCCUUUGUCAAGUUCACACAUGAUCAACUCAUGCGAAGAUUUGGAGAGCAGCCUGCUAGCUAUGUUUCCUGAGUGUCAGCGUUUUAUUCGGGGAGGGGGGGAUAACAUUUGCUGCAAGCUCCUCGGGGGGACUCGGUGGAUCUAGUCGGACUUUCCUCCUAGCUGUGCCAUAUCGCCUCUGUGUGGACUCGUGCCUCGGGCAUCAGUCAGUGUGAUCCACGUUUCCUGUUCGCAGAGUUGGGAGGGCUUCCUGCUGCCAACCUUUUAGGGCUCUCUGUGACUCUACCAGUGGCCUCUUAACUGCCGUGUCAAUAUUUAUUUGGAUUUGAUGCCUUCUUAAAAGGCUGACUGCCACCAUACACUUGGCCUUUUUUUUUGUUUUGUUUUUAUUUUUGUCUGAUUCAGUUAUCUCUCAGAGAGGAUGUUAGCUAUGCAGCUUCUCUUUAUGUACAUUUUAAAAAGGGAUUGGACGUACGUGAGUGGACAAAUCCAAAGCCUUCAGACAGGACUCCAGCAGCACACGUCAAGGCUUUUUUCAGCAUUGUUUUAAUCUGUACUGGCAUAUACUGCUAUUACGUUUAUAUACACUGUAUUUUUAUUUUUUUUUGCUUGACUUUUGUUCAUUGUACCAAAAUUUCAGAAUUUUAUUUGCUGUAGUUACAAUGGGGCUUUAAUUCAACAAAAGCUUACAAAUAAAGUCUUUACACAAAUGUGUUUGCA